CCCUCUCUCUCCAUCAGAGUUAACCUCCCAAGUCAGUCAGUCUGAGUCUGCCUGGCUGCCUCCUUCCCCUUCCCUUCCCUUUCCUUCUUCCCAUUGGCGUUGGCGUUGCGGAGGUUCGCUUUCUCGUCAUUGCAGAGUGCAAAACCCUCCGUGGCAGUCUUCCAGUACGAUCGGCCAUGGAAGAAGGAUAAUUCUGACUGAAGUUUGUAAUAGCAAACCAAUGGACCCUAUAGAGAUCAGUUCGUCAGAUAGUGACUUGGAGAUGGAAGAUAGUGGAGGAAAUGAUACGUCAACAACCAAUUUAAGGAAGCUUCCAUUGUGGGCAUCGUCGUCUACUGAUAAUCCGAUAUCUACAAGUCCGGGUGGAAUGGCUCCAUCACUGUCUGCUCUUGUGAGAACGGCUGGUUCAAAUGGAAGCUCCUCAAACCCGAACAACAUUGCGAAAGCAAAUUUUCAUGCACAUUCUGUUUUUAGCGACAGAGGUGUAGCAACCCAUCAGCAUUCAGAGGUGAAUGGUUCCAAAUAUCCUCCUGAUAAUCGGACUUUGGGUCAGUCUCCGAGGAUUAACUCACGAAUUUCUAAUAGCUCUGGUGGUGACUAUGAAAGACUAUCAUCUCAGCAGGCUUUCAAAAGAACUUUACCAUCAUGGGCUAGUGCAAGUGACAGCAAGGGAUAUGCGAAAGAGAUCAACGGGAUUAAUGACGAUGAGCUUGUUAUGUUGGAGAUCAAAAGUAGGAGGGUGUUACCUCCUUCUAUCAUGCCUGGAAAAUCCACUACUACUCCCCAGUAUGCAAGUUCAACUGAUCCUAUGUAUCGUCCUGCAAUGGUUGAUGAGAGGCUUAACAGAAAUGAUGAGAGGUUGAUCUAUCAGGCUGCUUUGGAGGAUCUUAAUCAACCAAAAGUUGAAGCAACUUUACCUGAGGGGCUGUUAUCGGUACCUCUUCUAAGACAUCAGAAAAUUGCUUUGGCGUGGAUGCUUCAGAAGGAAACAAGAAGUUUGCAUUGCUUGGGAGGGAUUCUGGCUGAUGAUCAGGGCCUUGGCAAGACUGUAUCCAUGAUCGCUCUUAUACAAAUGCAGAAGAGUUUAGAGACUAAACCAAAGGCAGAAAGCUUAAACAGCCAGAAGACUGAGGCAUUGAAUCUGGAUGAUGAUGAGGAAGAAAAUGGAACCAUAGAAUUGGACAAAGGGCAGGAGACUGGAGAUUCUAAUGAUACCAUCCCUGUUCCUGAAGUCGGUACUUCGGAACAUUCAUUUAGUAGGAAAAGACCUGCUGCUGGCACUUUAGUUGUAUGUCCUGCGAGUGUUCUUCGGCAGUGGGCCCGGGAGCUGGAUGAGAAAGUUGCUGAUGAAGCCAAGCUCUCUGUUCUUGUCUAUCAUGGAGGAAACAGGACAAGGGAUCCUGUUGAACUGGCAAAAUAUGAUGUGGUUAUUACGACAUAUGCAAUUGUUACAAUAGAAGUACCAAAACAACCUUUAGUUGAUGAGGAUGAGGUUGAUGAAAAGAACGAAGAAAAGUAUGGAAUAUCUGCUGAGUUUUCUGGAAGUAAGAAGAGGCAAAAAGUUUAUAACGCUGGGAAGAAAGGGAAGAAAGGUAAAAAAGGUAUUGAUAGUUCCUCCUUUGAUAUUUUUGGUCCUCUAUCAAAAGUGGGCUGGUUUAGGGUGAUACUGGAUGAAGCUCAGACAAUAAAGAAUCACCGGACGCAAGUGGCUAGAGCCUGCUGCAGCCUCCGAGCCAAGAGAAGGUGGUGCUUAUCCGGAACUCCUAUACAGAACGCAAUUGAUGAUCUGUACAGCUACUUCAGGUUCUUGAAAUAUGAACCGUAUGGUGCAUACAAGUCGUUCUACCAUACAAUAAAGAUUCCAAUAUCCCGGAAUUCAUUGCAUGGUUACAAGAAACUGCAAGCGGUCUUGAGGGCUAUAAUGCUGCGCCGGACGAAAGCAACCUUGAUUGAUGGACAGCCUAUAAUUACGUUGCCACCGAAAAUUGUGAACUUGAAGAAGGUGGAGUUCUCGCUCCAGGAGCGGGACUUUUAUACCCAGCUUGAAACUGCUUCACGUUCUCAAUUCAAGGCUUUUGCUGCUGCUGGCACAGUGAAUAAGAACUAUGCAAGUAUUCUUCUGAUGCUUUUGCGUCUUAGACAAGCUUGUGACCAUCCGCUCCUUGUCAAAGCAGACAGUUCUGCCUCUGUUGGAAAAGUUUCCGGAGAAAUGGCCAAGAAAUUACCAAGAGAUACACUGAUGAAUCUGCUAGAAAUUCUGGAAGCAGCUGCCAUAUGCCAGCAAUGCAACGAUACACCAGAGGACCCUGUUGUUACCAUGUGCGGGCACGUGUUCUGUUAUCAAUGUGUCUCUGAGUAUUUGACUGGUGAUGAUAACAUGUGCCCUGAAUCUAAAUGUAGAGAACAGCUUGGUCCAGACUUUGUUUACACCAAAGCUACGCUCAGGAGUUGUAUGUCCAGCUGUUCAGAAAGUGCCUCGACAAGUUCUCGGCCUGCUGUCCAAUCAUGGAUAAUGGAUGCUGACUACACUUCGUCUAAAAUUAAAGCUGUCCUUCAGAUUCUGCAAGACCACUGUCUAGGGAAGGCUGCAAGCCCUGAGUUUCAGGUUCCCGUGGAUUGUGAAGGCUCUUCUUUUUCAGAAAAUAUUGUCAAGGAAAAUUGCGAGUCCAGCCCUAAUGUGGUGAAGUACACAACAGUUUACUCGAGUUUACCAACUGGUGGUCCGACAAAGGCAAUUAUCUUUUCCCAGUGGACUGGCAUGUUGAACUUGGUCGAGAUUUCACUGAAUCAGUUCUGCAUACCAUUCAGAAGGCUUGAUGGUACUAUGAGUCUUGCUGCAAGAGACAGGGCAGUGAAGGAUUUCAACACUGAUCCAGAGGUUACUGUUAUGUUGAUGUCGCUGAAAGCGGGAAACCUUGGGUUGAACAUGGUCGCUGCCUGUCAUGUUAUCCUUCUGGAUCUAUGGUGGAACCCAACUACCGAAGAUCAAGCUGUUGAUCGAGCUCAUAGAAUUGGACAGACACGUCCUGUUACCGUAACUCGGAUAACCAUAAAAGAUACUGUUGAAGAUAGAAUAUUAUCUCUCCAGGACGAAAAGAGGAAGAUGGUUGCAUCUGCGUUUGGUGAAGACCGGCGGCAGCUCUGCGACCCGCCUGACAGUAGAAGAUCUCAGAUAUCUCUUUAUGAUAUAGGUAGAUGCGUGGCAUUCUGCAAUUUGUUUUUGGUCUCAAGAGAAUCUUCCAACUCAGGACCUGUCACGAGGAGGAAAGUUCGACUUAGAUUUUAAUUUUGAUUAGCCUAGAGAUUGAGGAGUCUAGAAUCUCUUGGUGCUGCUGCAAAAUCGUAUGGGCCUGCACUGCAUUGAUGGUCAAGUUGGGAUUCAAGUGAUGCCCAAUUUUGAGAAUUCACAGGAGGCAUAUAUAUAUAUAUAUAUAUAUUUUUUUGGGGGGGGGAUGGAAGGGACGGAGAGAAGGGGCAAUGUGUAAAUAGUCUAACCUAUUUCCUGUUGUAAAUUAGGAAUCUUAGCCUCCGGUAGCCGAACCCCGUUGCAUAUGUGAAGAUGAUAAGUGACUGAUGGAUGCUUUUCUCGGUCGUGUAUAUGUGAAUAUCAAACCAACUAAUGGGGGGUUUGUCCUCCGACCCUAUCCACUCUUGGGAAUUCAGUUAUUUACAAGCACUUAGGAUUCUUCUGCU